AUGGAAGAAAAGCGCCAUCGGAACGUGAUAAUGGGACACGUCGUUGAUAUCCCCGCGAAGCCUGCGCUCUCUGGGAAUUCAUCAAAGUUCGUGGAAGAUUUAGAUCAACCAGGCGGUGAACAAGAAACCACCGCCGCCUAUUCACCUCGAAAAGUCCGCUGUUGCCGUGCCAGUGUCGACGGCAGCCUGCUACUGAGAAUUACCGUACCAUCUAAUACCGCUGCGACUACGAAAAUCGAUGGAGCGGUUGAUGAUGAUCCGUAUCGAUUCGCUGAUCAGCCAUUCCACAGACGUCAUAUUCCGAAUAUUGUUCGGCCGUCGCUGUAUCAGGUCCAACUAAAGCUCUACCUCCCAUGGAGACCGGGCAUUACAUUUGGCGCGCUCGAUUUCACAUUGGAUGGUGUGACUCGUAUGGAAUUCACUGUACAACAAGCCACAAGACGAAUACAACUGAACAUAAAAAAUCUGAACAUAACCGCUGUGCGCCUUUACAACAAUUCAGGAGAAAUCGGCGUCGAUAAGAAGUGUGAAGAUUUCGCACAACUUCUGGACAUUUUCUCCUCGACGGAUCUACUACCCGACUAUAACUAUAUUCUUGCACUAGAAUUCCGUGCAAAAAUCAACAAUCCGAAGUAUGCUGGGAUAUUUACAGCGCCAUAUAUGCAUGGAGCAGAGAAUAGGUAUAAAACCGCCACGCAUUUGCAGCCACAAGAAGCACGCAGUCUCUUUCCUUGUAUUGAUAGUCCUGAAGCGAAAGCUCGUUUUGAUGCUACCGUAAUACAUCCGGAAGGGACAUAUGCAUUGUUUAAUAUGAAAGAGACGAAUAUAUCGACUGAAAGGGGCUGGACAACCACCACAUUCCUACGAUCUCCUGUCAUGUCCACAUAUCUUUUCGCAAUGGUUGUCGGCACAAUGCCAUACAAAGAGACUUAUACGAAAAGAGGAGUGCGGAUUCGAAUCUAUGCUGAAGCGGAGAAGUUGGAAGACACCAACUUUGCACUCUCGAUUGUUCCAAGACUUCUCGCAUUCUUCGAGGACUAUUUCCAACUUCCGUAUCCACUGGAGAAACUUGACAUCUACGGAAUAACAAUGAUGAAAGUGGCUGCGAUGGAAAAUUGGGGCCUUAUUACUGUCCGACAGAAGCUACUGUUGAACAACAGCACCAUCUCCACGUUGACGGAAACUCGUCUCACAUCGAUUGUGCUCGCACAUGAAAUCGCUCACCAGUGGUUUGGAAAUUUGGUGACGAUGAAAUGGUGGGAUGAUCUAUGGCUUAACGAAGGUUUCGCAUCAAUGAUCGGCUUAAAGGCGAACGAUGUCGUGGAUAAUUCGCCUCUUAGUCGGGACGAGUUAUCUGUGGACAUAGCCAGAGCGAUGCGAAACGAUCAAUUGCCGAAUAGUUUACCAGUUUCCAGACGUGAUGAAGCAUUCGAUCCAGAAACAGCAUUCACGUCGAACACCUACAAGAAGGCGAUGUUGAUCAUUUUGAUGGUGGAGCAUAUCGUCGGUGAAGUGUCAUUUCGCGAUGGUCUACGGUUGUUUCUCAAUCAGUUCAUGUACAAAAAUGUUGAUCAUAAUGAUCUUUUGGCCAUGAUCACGAGAGUUUAUACUGGCUCUUCUGUCGGUGGUCGCUUAGCUGACCAAAAUUUCACUUUGGCUGAAGUUAUCGAGACAUGGAUCUAUCAAAAAGGCUUUCCUAUAUUAUACGUUCGAAAGCGGCCAGAUGGGAAAGUGCAAGUCACUCAGGAAAUCUACAGACAUGUUCCCGGUCAUAAACACAGUGGUGUUCAGUGGAAAAUCCCGUUAUUCCUUCGUGAUCCACUCACUUUGGAGCCAACUGUAAAAUGGUUGGUUGAAAACAGUACGGCUAUUCUUGACCUCGGCAAGGAUACGGUACUCGAUCGAGAAGGCAGAAGUUUUGUUCGAAUACGCUACGAUGCGGAACUCUAUCUGGACAUUACCGCACGACUUCACGCUGAUCCGAAUUGUAUCCCGGUGGCAGCACGCACUCGUCUUAUGGACGACUCGUUUACACUGGCAGAAGUGGGAAAUCUAUCGUAUGCGCAUGCGUUGAACAUUUCGGUGUACUUGCGGAAGGAGACUGCUUAUCCACCGGUGAAAAUGCUACAUGCGCACUUGGAUUUUCUCGUAUCACGCCUCACCGCACAUCCAAAGUUUCCGUUAUUUCAGAAAUUCAUCAUCGCUAUCUUGGAGCCAUUGUUCGAACAUUUUCAACGGCAUCCACUCGAAAAUGAUGUAAAAAUCCACGAGGACGAUCUACGAGGUACUGUAUACACUCGUGUAUGUUUAAAUGGUCAUCGAGCAUGUGUCGAUUAUUCUUUGGAGCUAUUAAAUAAACUAAGGAUAUCUUGUGCGAAUAGUAUGCUGAGUAACAGGACGUGUAAUACAAUCCCACCGUAUCUUCGACAACCCUUGUAUUCGACAGCUGUGAUGUAUGGUAACGAUGACAUAUUCGAAUUUAUGUAUUCGAAAUGGGAAACGGAAAUUUAUCAAACGGAAAGGGAACGAAUAUGGAUAGCGCUGGGAGCGAGCAAGAAAAAAGAGCAUAUCCAUCGGAUAUUCGAUGGGCUCUUCUUCAACGAGGUACCAGUAGAUUUACUACCCAUGUGUGCUGGUUAUGCUAGCUACAAUCACCCAGUCAACCAUUUUACGUCGUAUGUUCUGGAGAAUAUGGAUCGACUCAAAGAAGCUGUUCACGGCAAUAGACUUCCGGUCGACAUUUUCCUUCAGACGUUUGCGCGAGGUAUAGUAAAAAUUGACGACAUUCCAAAGUUCAACUCGUUCGUUGAGCGUUUGGCUCCAGCAGUUCCGAUGAAAUUGUCGGCGAUGCUAAACUCCAGAGUACGCUCAGUUAGCGUCUGGAUGGCACGCUACGGAGAUAGUGUCAUCAAUAAUAUUACGAUAUCUAGUCAAUUCGAGAGAUUCGGGGAAAUUUUUGUAAGUACGCAAAUCCAGAAUCUGGAGAGUACCUGUGUCUCUCUCAUCUCGUCGAUCUCUGCUUGUUGA